AUGUCGCGCAGUACAGUUUUUGGGCCGGGGUCGCUGUACUCCUUCACAAAAUUUGGUUCCUUCAACAGAUCUCCAACGAAUUGUACAUUAAACAAACGCAUGAAAGACAUAUUUAGGCUUGAAAAUCAGAAGCACAUUCGAAAUGAUUUCGACCGGGAGCGUAGGUACCGCAUGUGUACGAAGUGUGGUAUUACAACAGUGACGAUUAAUUUUAACAAUGUUCCUUCGGCACGGGUGGGAUUAUGGGGGCGUUGUGCUGACGAUAAGGAUUACACGCAUCACCGCAUGGUGGAUAUUACACAGAGGGAAUAUGAGGUGUUGCGCGAGUCACCAGUGGAGAAGCGACUGAACUGGUGGCGCUACGAGCGGUGA